AUGGAGGCUCCUCAAAGUACUCUGGAGGAAGGGGAAUAUACCAGAGGCUUGGAAGGAAACGGAGGGGAUAUUAACACCAAAGGAACGCAAUUCCAAGAAAGUCAACCAGGGGAGGGGGAAAUAUUCUUCGCCAUCAUUGCGAGAAGACUUACAUCUUUUCUGACAGGCAACGCAUACAUCAACACUUCGGUCAAGAAGGGAGGAGUUCCCGGUUUCUCCGCCUGCAUAGAGCACACCAGUGCUAUCACACAGCUAGUAAGUGAGGCAAAGAAAGGGAGGAAGGAUCUCCCUGUAGCCUGGUUCGACUUGGCCAACGCAUACGGGUCCAUUCCACAUCAGCUCAUCUAUACAGCCCUCCGACACUACCAUGUGGACGGCCACAUACAGAAAAUCAUCAUCACUAACCUGAAUGGAAUAAGGCUCCGGUUUACUGUUGGUGACCAGCUAACCAGAUGGCAGAAGUUGGAGAUGGAAAUCGUUACCGGCUGCACAGUUCCCGUGGUGCUCUUCAUCAUAGGGAUGAACCUGUUGAUAAAUGCUGCCCAACGAGAGACACGUGGACCAAAGACAGAGUCAGGAAUCUAUCUCCCAUCUAGCAGAGGCUUCAUGGAUGACCUCACACUGACGACGACGACACAGGUCCAAGCGAGAUGGAUGUUGACAGUCCUGACGGAUGUCGCUUCGUGGGGAAAAAUGAAAGCAGCAAAAUCCAGAUCUCUCGUCAUAAAGAAAGGACAGACAACAGAGAGGUUCAAACUCUACGUACAGAACGAAGAGAUUCCUUCCAUAGUGACGAGUCCAAUAAAACGCCUGGGAAAGUGGACUAAUCUGGCCGUUGAUGCUUUACGAGCCACAACAGUGGAAGCCCUGGAGAAAAUCACAAGUAGACACCUCAGGAAGUGGCUAGGAGUUUCACCCAACUUUACCAGUAUUGGACUCUACGGGAAGAGCAACAAGUUACAGCUCCCGCUAUCUUCACUGGUAGAAGAGUUCGAGACAGCAAAAGUAAGACUUUUGUUGACCUUGAGGGACUCUCCGGACGAGUUCAUCCGUGAGGCAGGGGACCAUACCCGAACGAGCAGGAAAUGUUUAGGGACAGAGUCUGUAAGCCAGGCAGAGAACGCGCUCAAGCACAAAGACAUUGUCGGAGUGACUGCAGUUGGACGUGAAAAUACUGGUGCGAGAAAGGUGGUACUGUGGAGUCGAUCGGACCAGAAAGAGAGGCGAGUGAUAAUUCAGUCUGAGGUCAGAAGAGCGGAAGUAAAUGCCAGACAAGCAAAUGCUGUGGAAAUUGGAGCGCAGGGAGCAUGGAUCACGUGGAAUACCGCAGACAAGAAGUUGACCUGGGGAGACAUCUGGAAGUAUGAGCCUUUUCGGUUUUCCUUUCUUCUCAAGUCUGUCUAUGACCAGCUACCAUCCCCAGCGAACUUGUGCCGAUGGGGACUCACAGCAGAUCCAAAAUGCAGCCUAUGUGACAGAGUAGGCCCCCUAGAGCAUGUUCUGUCAUCUUGUACUACAGCACUGACACAGGGAAGAUAUAGAUGGAGGCACGACUUGGUACUCAGAGAGUUGAUUGACUGGCUUGAGAAGGAACGGAAGAAGGAACAUGGUAAUUACCCCCGCCAUGGGCACAUCGCUUUCGUCAAAUCGGGUGAGACCAAGAAGACACAGAAACCAAUAAAAGCAUAA